AUGAAUAAUGGUUCAAAUUAUAAUGCUCUAUUUUGGGUUGCAUUUAUUUUAAUUCAGAAUUUUGUUAUGCUCAAUCUUUUUAUUCUUAUAGUUUUAGAUUAAUAUGAUGUCAAUUAUUUUCAUGAAGAUAAUCCACUUAAUAGAUUUGAUGAAUAUUAAAACAAAAUGCUAGAUGUUUGGACUCGUUUUAGCUCUGAUGGAACUAUUAUUAAUCAAAGUAAAUUAACUGAUCUUCUUCUUACAUUACCAAAACCAUUAGGCUUAGACAUCUUAAAAACUACUUAAAAAAACAUAGAUGAUUGGAAACAUAUCAAUCCUUAACAUACUUAAGAAGAGGUUGAACAACUUAAAUUUAAUAUUAAAGCUGAUUUAAUCAGAAAUGCACUCUUCAAAAUUAUGGAUAUGCAACUUAAAUCUGAUUUAAAAGGAAACAUACCAUAUAAUUUAGUCUUAUUUGCUGUGAUUAAAGAGGCAUAUUUAGAAAAACUUGAAAUCAAUCUGACAGAGGAAGGAGGGAGAAAACUUAUGAUUAAAGAAAUGGAAACAAGAACAGAAAUCGAAGAGGAUUUUGGAAUUGAUUUAGAUUAAGAUGUUAAUCCAUUAGUAUCUUAUUUGUAUGCUUAAACAUGCUUUAGAGCGAUGUAAAGAUUUGUAGAAAUUUCUAAAAAAAAACUAUUUGAGGAUGGUGUUUCUUUUUUAGCUAAGACUGAUUCAUCUAUUGAUUUUGAAGAAUGUUUAAACAAUGAACUAUCUCGGGAUGAGUAUGAAAAACCAGAUUAUGAAGAAGUGUAUUUUGUCGAAAUUCCUAUGAAUAAUAAAAUUUAUAAUGGAGAAUAAUACAAGGUUUAAAUAGCUUAAGAAGAAUCAAGCAAAGAUGAAAAUUCCAGUAAGUCUCCAAUUGAUGAUGAAAAUAAUGUUGAAGACUUAGAAGAAUACAAAUUAUAAAUAAUUGAUUUUAAUAAAUAUUUAGGAGAUUGA